AUGCUCCGCCCCGGCUCAUCAGUUAGUUAUAAUAGUGCAAUGCAUCAUGUUUCCAUUGAUGCUCAUCCGACGGAGCAGGCGAUUAUUGUGAGAUUUGAUCAAUUUGGUUCCCCAUCAAAUACUCUCAAGAAACGGGCUUCUUCAGCAAAUGUGGAAUCUUUGGGUCAUCAGAAAAUAAUUCACUUGAAAGAAAUGAGUGCGGAAGUUGACAUUCACGCUCUAUCGAACGUUGUCCUUCAAAAGUGUCUAUUCAUUCCUGCCACGUCGAGAAGUCAGCUGGAGCAGGUUUUAUAUUUCCUUCAAAAACGGGGCACCCCCAGGAAUAGUGCAAGAUCCAGAAGCUCGUCAGCAGUCUCUUUCGACCGACGUCCCCUACCAACACCGUUGAAUGUCGACCUGGAAAAAGUUGAUGAAUACAUAGAAUGUUUCUACGGGGAGACAUCGGCGGAGAAGAAUAAAGGAGCACUGGCACUACACGAGUUGUCGAAAAACCCGCAGAAUCUGACGCCUCUUGUGAAUAAUGAAACCCUAAUGAUGGCUCUGGCACGUGUAUUCCGGGAGGACUGGAAGAAACACUUCGAAGUGGGCACGAAUAUUAUGAAUCUCUUUGUGAAUAUGUCGAAAUUUUCAAUGUUUCACGGAAUUCUACUUCAUCACAAGAUCGGUUCCCUUUGCGUAAGUGCGAUAGAGCACGAAACGAAACGCUAUGAUUUGUGGAUUGCUGACAUGAAAAAAGCCGAUUCGGAGACUCAAAAGAAACUGAAAAUCGCUAUUCGAAAGCAGUCAAUGUUGCUGGCAGCUUGCAUCACUCUUCUAACAAAUCUCGCCACCGAUAUCAGUGUUGAGCUGAAAAUGGUUCGCAGGAAUCUGGUAUCGUAUCUAGUGAAAUGCCUCCAAAUGUCAUCUGAAUCGCCGAAUGCUCUGACCACUGCCACCGUCAGAUUCCUUCUGAAAUUGAGCAUUUUCGAUGAGAAUCGACAAGUGAUGGAACAAAAUGGGACCGUUGAAAAACUCCUGAAACUGUUCCCAAUUCAAGAUCCAGAACUCCGAAAAGCCGUCAUAAUGCUCCUUUUCAAUUUCUCGUUUGACCCGAAAAAUAUGCCGAAAAUGGUGAAUGGAGGACUGGUCCCACAUAUGGCUUCACUGAUUGAGAGUGACAAUAAGGCAUUGAAUUUGAUGUAUUUACUGAGUUGUAAUGAUGACGCAAAGGCUAUGCUCGCUUAUACGGAUGCGAUACAGUUGCUAAUGCGAGAUGUCCUCAGUGGGAAAGGAAGUGAAGUGACAAAAGCAGUCCUUCUGAAUAUCUGUCUAGAAAAAAGGAAUGCUCAAUUAGUAUGUGGACCCGGUGGACAGGGACUGGAUCUCCUAAUGGAAAUGUCACUGGAAUCCAGAGAUUUGAUGUUGAUUAAAGUGAUUCGAGCGAUUUCUAGUCAUGACGGACCGACUCAGAAUAUGUUUUUGAAAUGGAUCGAACGUCUUCUGGAAAUUGCGAAGAAGGAGGGAAUCGAUAGCAGUUCCGAAUCAAGAUCCUCAUUUGGAUUGGAAUGUAUGGGAGCUGUGGCGGAAAUCAAAGUUGCUCCAUGGGCGAGAAUAAUCCAAUCGCAAGCCUUGGUCCCUUGGAUGACAACCCAGCUACACGAAGGAAUCGAUGAAUCUGAAGAAGUUACAGUACUCCGAGACAUCAAACCACUUCAACUUCAAAUUGUGAUAGUCUGUGGGACAAUGGCUAGACAAUUGGAUGCAGCGAGGCUCCUAGUCCCUCUUAUAGACACUUUUGUGCAGUUGUUGCAGUCCUCCCAAAUCGACGACGAGUUUGUUGUUCAGCUACUCUACGUGUUUCUGCAACUUCUGAAGCACAAGGAGCUCUCGGCUCGUCUGAUGACUCAAGAUUCGGCUCUCGGAGCCCAUAUGAUUGAUUUGAUGCAUGAUGCGAAUGCGGCAGUCCGUGAGGUAUGCGACAACGCUCUAUUGAUAAUGGGAGAGCACUCGGAGGAUUGGGCGAAGAGGAUUGCUGGAGAGAGGUUCAAAUGGCACAAUGCGCAGUGGUUGGAGAUGGUUGAGCGUGACGACCAUGAAUUCGCCCCAUACGACGACGAGGAUUUUGGAGCGGAUUUCAACUUUGACACGUUCGAUAAUGACUUUGAUAUCAAUGAGAAAUUGUUUUAA